CAGUCACGCCUCUCACUGCCAGCCCCGCUCCAGGAUCAUAAUCAGUCACUAUGAAAACUCAUUAGCUCCACAGCCAUGAGUCCUCCACUGCUGAAGCUGGGUGCUGUCCUCAGCACCAUGGCCAUGAUCUCUAACUGGAUGUCCCAAACUCUCCCAUCCUUAGUGGGACUGAACACCACCAGGCUUUCCACGCCAGACACUCUAACGCAGAUUAGCCCAAAAGAAGGUUGGCAAGUGUAUAGUUCAGCCCAAGAUCCUGAUGGACGUUGCAUUUGCACAGUGGUUGCACCAGAACAAAACCUGUGUUCCCGGGAUGCGAAAAGCAGGCAACUUCGACAACUGCUAGAAAAGGUUCAGAAUAUGUCCCAGUCCAUUGAAGUCUUAAACUUACGGACUCAGAGGGAUUUCCAAUAUGUUUUAAAAAUGGAAACCCAAAUGAAAGGACUGAAGGCCAAGUUUCGGCAGAUUGAAGAUGACCGGAAGACGUUAAUGACCAAGCAUUUUCAAGAGUUGAAAGAAAAGAUGGAUGAGCUCCUGCCCUUGAUCCCAGUCCUGGAACAGUACAAAACGGAUGCCAAGUUAAUCACCCAGUUCAAAGAGGAAAUUAGGAAUCUGUCUGCAGUCCUCACAGGAAUUCAGGAAGAAAUUGGGGCCUAUGACUAUGAGGAACUACAUCAGAGAGUGCUUAGCUUAGAAACCAGACUUCGAGACUGCAUGAAGAAGCUAACAUGUGGCAAGUUGAUGAAAAUCACAGGUCCUAUUACAGUCAAGACAUCUGGAACCCGAUUUGGAGCUUGGAUGACAGAUCCUUUAGCAUCAGAAAAAAAUAACCGAGUCUGGUACAUGGAUAGUUACACUAACAAUAAGAUUGUUCGUGAAUAUAAAUCGAUGGCAGACUUUGUCAGUGGAGCUGAAUCAAGGACAUAUAAUCUCCCUUUCAAAUGGGCAGGGACUAACCAUGUAGUCUACAAUGGCUCCCUCUAUUUUAACAAGUAUCAGAGUAAUAUCAUCAUCAAGUACAGUUUUGACACAGGGAGAGUACUGGCCCAGCGGAGCCUGGAGUAUGCUGGCUUUCAUAAUGUCUACCCUUACACCUGGGGUGGCUUCUCUGACAUUGAUCUGAUGGCUGAUGAGAUUGGACUGUGGGCAGUAUACGCAACCAACCAGAAUGCAGGCAACAUCGUCAUCAGCCAGCUUAAUCAAGAUACCUUGGAGGUGAUGAAGAGCUGGAGUACUGGCUAUCCAAAGAGGAGCGCUGGAGAAUCCUUCAUGAUCUGUGGGACCCUAUAUGUCACCAACUCCCAUUUAACUGGAGCCAAGGUUUAUUACUCUUAUUCCACCAAAACCUCCACAUAUGAGUACACAGACAUCCCCUUCCAUAAUCAAUACUUUCAUAUAUCCAUGCUUGACUACAACGCAAGAGAUAGAGCUCUGUAUGCCUGGAACAAUGGACAUCAGGUCCUGUUCAAUGUCACUCUUUUCCACAUCAUUAAGACAGAGGAUGACACAUAAGUGUUGUUUUAUUUUUAUUUUAUUUUAUUUUUAAUUUUUCCAAUUCUCUUAGUGUCAUUUGUGAUAAACUCUAAAGCAUCUCAUGUUUUUUUUUCCUGUAGUAUGUUUUUUUUCAUCAUUUGCCAAAAAGCAUUUUAUACUAUAGAGUGUAUCCCCCCCCAAAAAAAAAAACACCCAAGACUGUCCUAAGAUGACCCGUUGGAAAUGCAUCUUAAUUAUUGGAUCUGCAAGGCCUAUUAUGACCUUGUGUAAAAAGCACUAAAGAGAGUGUGAGUGACUAAAGUCAUAGUUUUCAAAAGAUUGAUGAUUUGCCUUAUCUUUGAGUCAGAGACUAAUGGUGGCUUAAAUGCAUGAAUGUCCUUUUUUAACUUCUGUCCUUUUUUUAAUCUGUCAACUUGUUGCUCCACAUCAGGAAAUAUUUUGGUAGUAAUUGAAACUAAAAAAAGUACUUUCCCCCAUUUAUUUCUUAAAAGACAAAAAAAAAUCAAGGAUCUGGUUUACUUGGGAAAAUUAAUGUCCGUCAUUUUGCUGUUACCUAAUUCUCUGAUGCGGUGCUGUAAAGUACAUUUUUAAAUCUCUUGCUAACAUUUUACUGGCAACAUGUAUUUCUACCAUUGUAACCACCAUUGUGCAAUUGUAUCUCUUCACUUCUGUGAAAGUAAAGUAAGUACUAUUUUUUAUAAAAUACAUUGAAGUUGAAUCUCAGUAAUGACUAUGGAUGCGUUUGGAAGUAUAGUCAAGAAGGGAUUAUGUUCUCAGCUUGGUCCCUUCCUGCAAGCAUUGUAAACCUCAGAAAGACAAUGGGAAAAAGGCUCUUUCCAUUAAUUCCUUUCAAAUGGAUUCAAGAAGCAUCACCUAAUUCUGUAGCACAUGCAAGGCACUGUACUAAGGAUAAAAAGGCAAAAGUGAAAACCCGCCCUUACCCUCAAGAACUUACAUCCUACUGGAGGAAUACAUGAUAUACACAGAUAAAACAAAAGAUAAUCUCAAAGCAGGAAUUUUACCCUCCAGGUGUAUAAUGGAGCACUGACAAGUAAGAAUGACAAAAAUAGCCCAGUAUAGCUGGUUUGAUGCAAUAGUUAUUGUCUACCAGUCAUUUUAGUUGUCUACAGAAUCUGCUGAGUCCCCAAAGCAUAUACUGGAGUUAAUCUUCCCAUAUAUCAGGCAAACAGGAAAGUUUACACUUCGUGGUCAAAUAUUUUACUCCUUAAUUGACUGUUAACAAGCAGGAGCAAGAGGCCAGGUAAGCAGACCAUGGAAAGAGCUACAGAGGGGAGUCUCCUGGAACUCUGGAUAUUCUGAAUUCUAUAUGAUAAUCUAUUAAAAAUAUGGUGAGACAAGCUGA